UUCGGUCAUACAUAAUCAUUCCGCUAAUCGGCCUCGACAGGGCAUAAUCAUCGAUAUAUUUUCGUUUUGAUUGGUCGCCGAGGAAAGAAGUUGAUAGCUCCAGUGGUCGUUAUUUACAACUAUUGGUUUUGAUUUGAUUUGAUUCGUUCGUAUGACGGCGCUGGAAGCGAGUAGCCGUUCUGCUAUGCCGGGUGAAGUUCCGUAUACCUUUGCGCCGACGCUCCCCGCGAUGUCUGGGCUACCGCACCCUGGUGGGCUGCCACUACCGCACCUCAUGCGGAGACUCGAACCCCGUUUUGAUGCUUCGGAUGAGAAGUCCUCCAUCUUUUCAGGGGUGCUAGCACCGACUCCGAUCUACCAAGGCAUCUUCAGGCAACAUCUAGCAGCAACGGCACCACAACCAAUCUCCAACACGGCAUCAUCCCCGCAGGCAACACCACCACCAGUACCCCAGCAACCUCCUGCGGGUGGUAUCGCAAACUCCACAACAUCUUUUCUUGUAAAGGACAUUCUCUCUAGUAGGGCACCGAUCCACAAGCCCAUUCCCCGUCACCCUGCCUCAUGCACCACUUGCAACUGUCUUCGACAACAAAAGGACCAACUAACUCCCAACAGCUCUUCCAACGGCAACAACAAUAACAACAAUAACAACAACCACACCUCACAACAUCAAGACCACCAGCACCACUACCACCAUCCUCAUCCCCCUCAUGGUGAUCGCUCGUCAUCGUCACCGCCACACCCUCCUCAUCCUCCGCCUUCGGUUUCCUCAUCAUCGUCUGCAUCGUCGUCCCAUUCGCACAAUCACUUGCCGACAUCGUCGUCGGCGCCGAGUACUCAAUCGCAUCAUCAGCUUCCUUUACCCCUCACGUCGUCGUUUCACCCCGCCCAUCAUCACACUCCACAACGCCUUCCUCUUCACCACGGUAGUCAUCAUCGACAUCAGAUACCAAGCCCUGGGGGCUCGCCGGGGGCCAACAACCACCACCAACCGCCGCAACCAGCACUUCCCUCUAGCUUCCUCAAAUUCGGCGUCAACUCGCUGUUGUCACCACACAGCCUGUCACCACACGUAAGUCAAGCAUGCACGGCCAGCAUCGGACACAGUGCGUUCAGUGACCUCCGACCUGUGAUUGCGUCACUUGGGACGCUGCACAGAAGCUUCUAUGAAAACUCGUUUCACCAAUCUCCAACAUCAGCUCCAAGAAACCCGUUUCUACAAGUACCUCCGUCCUCUGUCAUUCCUGUACCGGGUACGUUCCCCUGGCCCGGGGCGGCCCGGGGGAAGCCCCGUCGGGGUAUGCUGAGGAGGGCUGUAUUCUCCGAUGCUCAGAGGAAAGGGUUAGAGAAGCGCUUCCAACAGCAGAAGUACAUCAGUAAACCCGACAGAAAGAAACUGGCUGCAAAACUUGGUCUCAAAGAUUCACAGGUUAAAAUUUGGUUUCAAAAUCGACGGAUGAAAUGGCGUAAUUCCAAAGAACGCGAACUUCUGUCGGCAGGCGGUUCCCGAGAAUCCACGCUCCCUAACCGAUCGAACCCGAACCCGGAUCUCAGCGACGUCGGAGGAGCGUGCAAUGCUUUGCUGAUGGGCAAUAACCCGGAUUGCGAAUCGGAUAGCGAGAAAGAACUCAUGGAUACUCCGACUAGCAGUCCGUGUGGAAGCCCCACCCAUCUGCAGCAUCAUGUUCGGUCCACGCAUGCGCAGGAGGAGCUUUUGAUGCCGACUAUGCACGGACACUACCUCCACCACAACGAAUAUGGUGUCGAUGAUGACCGAAAGAUUCCGGAAUUUGCCGAAGUCGGAGAUUCGGAUAAUGAAAUAGAUAUUGAUUGAACUGAAGUGAACAGCUGACUGAGGGGUUUUUGAAAGAAAGUUUCUUCGGGCGUGGGGGUACCUAAAAAACGCAAACGAAUUUACACUAUUGAUGUGAUUUAUUGUAAAGCCUUUUUCAUGAUAACGUCCCAUGGUACAUUGGUCGAAUAAAAGAAACAUUUGUUUCAUUUCCAUAUGACAAUAGUUUUUGAAAAAUCAUCAGAUUAUGUUGCAGAAAUGCAACAAAAUCGUUUUUUUACGACAACCUUGUUUUCGUUUUUUAUUCAAACCAUAUCACAAAUGUACAGAUGUAAAUAUUUUAAUUUAUUUUUAUUGCAGCAUAAAAUAUACCACAUUGUUCGAAAGAUGAAUAUCAUUAUUACUUUGUUAGAGAUGGCGGUGACGACUUUGAAACAUACAUUCCAUAAAGAAGGUUUGAAUUGUAUCUUCAGCUGAUACAUAGGCCUAUUGAUGUAGACAGAUUAUAUUUUGAAAUAAGAAAUAUUCAUGUUUUCUUGUUGAGUCUUUUUAUUCUUCUUUUUUUUUGUAUAUCUCCUCAUCGUCUUUUUAUUUGAUAGCUGAACUAUUUUUAUCUAAUAUUUAUUCGUUUUAGCGGGUAGAUAUUCACUUCGCAAUAUUGCAAUAUUCACGUUGAGUUAUUUGGGAUAUCAAAGCAAUCGAAAAGGAUUAUAUCCCUGUUAUUUUUUUUUAUUUUUAGUGGAAUAUAUCAGUUUCUUCCUUCCUCUUCCUCAAUUGCAUACAUUUGUGUUCUUCCCUUGUUUAAUUCCAGCUUCUUAUAAUUCACAUUAGACGAU